AUGCCUACAGAUCAACCCACCAUUCUUUUUGUCCCUGGUGCUUGGCAUGGGCCCGAUGGGUUUGACGCUGUUCGUGCCUCCCUGUCAUCUCGCAACUUUCCUACCGUAGCUUUAGCGCUACCAUCGAUCGGUGCUGAGCCUCCAUCUAAAGGGCUCAUGGAUGAUACCGUCUUUGUCCAGAGUGAAAUUAAAAGGCUCGUCAAUCAGGGCAAAAGGAUCGUGGUCGUCACUCACUCGUACGGUGGGAUGGUGGGUGCGGGUGCUGUGAAGGGGUUGGAGUAUGCCGAAAGACGGAAGCAAGGCAAACAUGGCGGCGUUAUCAUGCUGGUAUACAUGGCCGCAUUUGUUGCUUCGCGAGGUGACAGCCUCUUGAAAAUGUUGGGCGGUAAUUACUUGCCUUGGAUGAAAGUACAGGGAGACUACUGUACUUCGUCAAACGAGGCUCAAACAUUUUAUCAUGACAUUUCUCUGGAAGAUCAGGAAAAAUGGAUUUCCAAACUCACGCAUACCUCUCGCGCCGUUUUCGAGGAUGCUGUUAUGCAUGAGCCUUGGCACAAUCUACCUUGCAUGUAUAUAUUCUGCGAAAAGGACCAAGCCCUUCCUCUAUUUGUGCAAGAAUCCAUGGCUGGACUACUGGGAGACUAUACUCAAUUCAGAUGCGAGAGCUCCCACUCUCCAUUUUUGAGCAUGCCGGAGAAAGUAGCCGAGGGCUGCGAGCUAGCAGCGAAGGUUGGGGUGGAACAAUGUGAAGAAAAGUAA